CCCGUCCGUCCGUUUGUCCAUGGCGCCACCACCACCGCCACCACCGCUGCACUGCUACAAAGCCCCCGAGGAGCAGCGGCUCGGGCCGCGCCCCGCCACACAAUCAAGGCCCCCGCCGCACCUCCUCCCGUACUCCGGCGGCCUCGACCUCCUCACGGAGGCACUUGGGGCCGAGAGCUUCGAUCCGGACGACGACGACGACGCCACCGCCGCCUCCCCCGCCAUGGAGGACGUCGGCGCCGCCGUCGCCGCGGUCGACUUUCUGGCCCCGCCGUGCAAGAGGCCGCACCACGUCCUCCUCAGCAGCAGCAGCGAAGGCGUAGGCCACGACGACGACGACAACCAGCACGCCGUGAUGGUGCUGAGGAGGACGAGGAGCGGGAGGGCGUUCCCGCCGCCGAUAUCGGUGAUCGGCAAGGGCGGGCGGCCGUGGCUGAGCCUCCGGGCGCACCGGGAGGCCGGCCGGCUCGUGCUGCGGGAGAUGCGGCUGCCGUCGCAGGAGUUGCUGCAGCCGUGCAAGGAGGACGGCAGGUUCAAGCUGCUCAUCCACCCGGAGGCCGGCCGCCGUAGUGGCGGCGCCGGCGCGGGGCCACGCGUAGGAUCAGGAAGGGAAGGACACGGCGCCCUCGAGUCUUGAUCAGUAGAUCAGACAGAAUUUUCCUUUUCUUUGGUCUUUAGAGCACCGUAAAUUCUUCCUCUCCUUCCUGCGAUAAUGUGCAUGAUCUUGCCGUUAAUCAAUACAUGCAUUGGCUUGCAGCUUAAUCUCCGA